UUGCGUGACGUAAGUAGCCAGUGCCACGGAGGAGCACACAGAGCACAGCUGGAAAAAUGGAAGUCGUGCUUGACUGGGGAAUGAGACUAAAUUUAGCAAGUUUUAAACUUGUACUGCGCAGGCGGAAUGUGUAAAGUUACUGCAGGCUUCGGAGAAGAGAAUCUGUCGUCUUCCCGUGGCUCCCUAGCCAAGUUUUGUUUCCUCUUCUUCUUGACACGCUAGUCACGUUAAGCUAAGUUAACUAACGGUCCCGUCCCGGAGUGCUCGCCCGAAAUGGAUCAGUCUGUGGCGAUUCAAGAGACUUUGGACGACGGAGAAAACUGCCUCAUAGCUGUCCAGUGUCUCCUGCUGCUGGAUAAUGGGACUGAGAGCAGACUCCUGGGUCUGGUGGAGCAUAUCAAGGAACAUGCGUUAUUCAUGUUUACACACAGAAGAAUGGCAAUCACUGGUAGUGAUGUAACACUGCAAAAAAUAAUUCCCAUUUCAUAUGACUUUUCUGUUGUUGAAGUGUCCUCCCCAGAAGAGCUUGCUGUAGUUGGUGCAGACACUCGAGUGAGGGUGACAUUCCUAAAUGAGGAGAUAAAGUUCAAAUUACCUUUUGGGUCCCACACUCGUCUUUUCCUCAGUGAGGUCAACAGAGCAUGGUGCGAUGUCUGUGAGCAGUACCCAAAGUCACCAAAAUUUGACUGGCUUACUAAAUACCGGAAAAGUGCCAAAGGGCCUGGAUCGUUACCAUCUACUGCUGCAUCAACUGGCAAGAUUGUAAAAAGAGAGAGAUCUCAUUCUGCUGACACCAGAGAACACAAAGAGGACAAACACACACAUUCCAGCACAGAGAAGGCCAGAGGAGAGAGUGUCCAUGAGAACAGCCAGGAGAGGGUGAAAGGUGAGGGGAGGAAUGAGCUGGUUCGCUUGUCCACACACACUGUAUCUAACAAAGCCCAGAUGCUUACCAUGCCCCAGUUUGGUCUGCGAGACACCCUCAUCAAGUGUGAACUUCUCAAGAAUGAGGAUGACUACACAUAUAUUGAGAACUUCAGCUUUUUCCUGGGCACAUACAAUGUAAAUGGGCAGACACCAAAGGAGAGUCUUCGUUCAUGGCUGGGCUGCACACCUCAGCCCCCUGAUCUCUACUGCAUAGGAUUCCAGGAGCUGGACCUGAGUAAAGAGGCGUUUUUCUUUAAUGACACACCAAAGGAGCAGGAAUGGAUGAAGGCUGUGUCUGAGGGCCUCCACUCUGAUGCCAAGUAUGCCUUAGUGAAGCUGGUACGGCUGGUGGGGAUUAUGCUACUUUUUUAUGUGAAGAAGGAGCACGCUGAGCACAUCUCUGAGAUGGAGGCAGAAACUGUAGGCACAGGCAUCAUGGGAAGAAUGGGUAAUAAAGGUGCUGUAGCAGUUCGCUUCCGAUUCCACAAUUCGGACAUCUGUGUGGUGAACGCACAUCUGGCAGCUCAUGUAGAGGAGUAUGAGAGACGGAACCAGGACUACAGAGACAUCUGUAGCAGGAUGGUCUUCAGGCAGCUAGACCCAACACUUUCACCUCUUACCAUCAUGAAGCAUAGCAUUGUCCUGUGGCUUGGUGAUUUAAAUUAUAGAAUAAGUGACUUAGAGGUUGAUCAUGUGAAGGACCUUAUAUUGAAAAAAGAUUUUGAAACACUACACAAUCAUGAUCAGUUGAAGAGACAAAUGGAUGAAGAAGCUGUGUUUGUAGACUUCUUGGAGGGAGAGAUUGAAUUCCAACCAACAUACAAGUAUGACAUGGGCUCAGACCAGUGGGACACCAGUGAAAAGUGUCGUGUUCCAGCCUGGUGUGAUCGCAUCCUUUGGAAAGGAAAGAACAUUACUCAGCGGCAUUACAGGAGUCACAUGACCCUGCGAACCAGUGACCACAAGCCUGUCAGUUCUCUUCUGGAGAUAGGGAUCAAAGUGGUGAAUGAGGAGUCUUAUAAAAGAACAUUGGAAGAUAUAGUGCGAUCUUUGGACAAGCUAGAAAAUGAAUGCAUUCCAUCAGUGUGUCUGUCGCAGAGUGAGUUUCACUUCAAGGAUGUGAAGUUUAUGCAACAUCGAGCCGAAACUCUGACCCUUCACAAUGAUGGUCAGGUGCCGUGUAAGUUUGAGUUUAUCAAGAAGCUGGAUGAGCCAGCUUACUGCAAACCCUGGCUCACUGCCAACCCAUCCAGGGGUUUUCUUGCCCAAGGAGACAGUGUGGACAUUGACCUGGAAGUGUUUGUGAACCGCUCCACGGCUCCAGAGUUGAACUCGGGCCAACAGCAGCUUGAGGACAUUUUGAUUCUGCACCUAGAGAGGGGAAAGGACUUCUUCAUCUCGAUCUCUGGCUCCUACCUUCCUAGCUGCUUUGGUUCCUCCAUUCACACCCUCUGCCAGCUGAGGGAGCCCAUUCAAGAUAUGCCCCUAGAGACCGUAGGCAAACUAAGUCUGAUGUCGAACAGUGAGACGAGCAGCCCAGAUACUGAGAAGGCUUUAGACAUUCCAAAAGAAUUAUGGAUGAUGGUGGAUCAUCUGUACCGCAAUGCUAGCAAACAGGAAGACCUCUUUCAGCAGCCAGGCCUACGCAGUGAAUUUGAGGAGAUCAGGGAUUGUUUAGACACGGGCACGCCCGACACCCUGCCUGGAAGUAACCACUCAGUGGCUGAGGCUCUGCUUCUCUUCCUUGAUGCCCUCCCUGAACCAGUGGUCCCUUUUUCAUUGUACCAGCAGUGCCUGGAGUGCAGCUUCAACAGCGGCCAGUGUAAAAUGAUUAUUUCUAUGCUACCUCAGUGCCACAAAAAUGUUUUUAACUAUGUAACGGCAUUUCUCCGGGAGUUGUUGAAGAACUCUGCACACAACCGCCUGGACGUCAAUAUUUUAGCCACAAUAUUUGCUGCCUUAUUGUUAAGGUCCCCCACAAAGCAAGACAUUAUGGAGAAGAGGAAAACACAAGAGUUUUUCCAGCAUUUUCUGGUCCAAGAAACCCACUAACAUAGAUCACUGUCAACUUCAUGUCUUAUUUUACUGCACAGUAUUUGCUUAAAGAAAUUAGUAAUAAUUUGUUCAUGUCUAUGUAGAGUGUUUUUUUUUUAAUCAUCACAUUUGUGCUGAACAGCUGCCAUAUUUUUAAUUAGAAGCCUUUUUAAAUAGCAGAUGAAACAGCGUAUUAUUGGAAGGCAGCAGAAACACUGACUUGUCUCUGUACUGUAAAGGAAAAUAGGUAUAAUUUAAAGAUCAGUUGUAUUUGUAUUUUAAUGUUUGUAAAUACAAAACAUUUUUAGAAUAAAGUAUAUAAUCAUGGAAACUAAA